AUGACUAAGAGAUUCUACGCUCUGAAUGGGAUAGAUGAUGUCAAUCUCAAGCAGGCCUACUUGAACUCACUUCCAGAACCACUUGGAAAUGAGACUUCAAGGGUUUUGUCACUCAAGAAUAUGGCCCUUAACCAAGCAUCAUUAGGAGAGAUAUACCAGAUGUCGCUUGCAGCUUUGGAAAAAUUAUGCAACCAUCAAAAAUUCUUCAAACAGUUGCAAGAGCAAGGAAAACUCCUUAGAAAAGCGUGUGAUCGCCCAUCGUCGAUCGACACAGUCCUGUGGCGUCGCUCGACGCAAACAGGGGACCACACGAGAUGGCUUCACGGAGGAACAAGAAACCGAGAAAUCAGGAGGCAUCAAGCUCCCAACCCGCUGUUCUACCCGGUACUCACAAUCUUUGGCCUAGACCGAAGGAAAUAG